UUUUAGAUAAAAUAAAAUUAAAAGAGGCGUGGCUCAUCAAAGAUGGCGACCAGUCACGAAGAGUUGGAAGAGGUUGAAUCUACUUCAGAUUGUGAUGAGGUGAGGACUCCAGCUGUACCUCAGGAACUAUUGGCCUCCUAUAAUUUUGGCUGUGGCCCGUUUCAUCCUCGUAGUCUUCAGUUUCUGGCCAGUAGGAGAGCUUUUACUGUUUUUCUGUGUCUGUUUGCUGUCAUUGAAGGAGCUAUUGUUAUUGGUCUUACUUCAGUGAAUCUCUCUUCGAUAUCAAAACGAUAUCACUUCACCAGUACUGCUGCCGGGGUCAUACCCACUACUUUUGAUAUCACUGUCACUCUUUCUGUCGUGUUUAUUUGUUAUUUUGGAGGCAGAGCUCACAAGCCGAGAUGGCUAGGCAUCAGUAUGAUUGUUCUUGGUAUUGGUUCUCUCACGUUUGCUUCUCCUCAGUUGUUUCUUGGAAGCUACAGUCCGAGUGGAGGGAGCAGUAGUCAGUAUCAAGAUGAGCUCUGUCAAGAUGUCAGACAUUAUGAAAUAAGCUGUCUUGAGUCUGACAGAAUAGCUUACGGAUUGUUUGUAUUUGGUAAAGUACUGAUGGGCCUAGGAGCAGCACCACUGUACACUGUUGCUCAGGCUUAUCUGGACGAGAUAGUUCAUCCCAAGUAUAUCUCAAUAUACAUGGGGACCUAUCAUGCAAUGGGGAUCUUUGGACCUGUCCUUGGUUACGGACUGGGCAGCAGUUUAUUGUCAGUCUACGUUGAUCCAUGGACAGAAACCAGUUUGAAACCUUCUGACCCGUCCUGGGUAGGAGCAUGGUGGAUUUCUUUUCUAUUGAUAGGGAUCCUCUCACUAAUGGCGGCUGUUCCUUUCCUCAUGUACCCACGGUAUCUGUCCGAUAGUUACAGCAUUUGGAAGGAGAGGGUUAAAGAAAUGGCUAAAACCUAUAAAGAUGAUCCUGACAGAUUAAUACAGAAGGGAAGUAUUGAUGUCCGCAUAUUGAAGGACUUUUACAUUCAGAUCAGAAGGUUGUUCCUCAAUCCUUCGUUCAUAUUCUGUUCCCUGGCCCUUGGAGGUCUGUAUCUUGUCUCCAGUGGUAUUGUCGUGUUUGGUCCUCAAUUUCUAGAGUCCGAGUUCUACCAGUCGCCCACAGCAGCUGGUCUUAUUGCUGGUGCCAUUGGAGUCACUACUGCUGUUUUUGGAGUCCUGACUGGUGCCUUCAUUAUUUACAUAUUCAAGCUAAGAGGUCGCAAGAUGAUGUUCUUAUGUUUUGUAGUCUCCAUAUUGAGUGCCCCAUUAGCUCUCGGUCUAUUUGUACACUGUCCUUCUACUGUUGUAGUCGGAAUCAAUACUCCUGGAAUGAAUGGGUCAUACGGUGUUGAUGGAGCUUCUUGUGUUCAAGAGUGUGACUGUCUCUCUCAUUCCUUUGAACCAGUUUGUGGGCAAAAUGGACUCACUUACUUUUCUCCCUGUAGAGCCGGUUGCUUCAAUACAACCAAUUCAGUGGAUGAAAAGAAUUAUCACAAUUGUCAGUGUGUAAAAGAUGAGAUAUCUAUUAAUAGUAACGAUAGUCAUCAGUACACAGCGUCCAAUGGGAAGUGUCAUGUUGAUUGUAAGCUCCUGAUACCUUUCAUUGUUGGAGCAAUGUUUGUACUUUCUUCAGUUUUUGUCCUUCAGAUUCCUAUCUAUUACUUCACUAUCAGGGUUGUAGCUGAUGAUCAAAGGUCCCUAGCGCUGGGUCUUCAGUCUGCAAUAUGGCGUCUCUCUGGGGCUAUUCCUGGUCCAAUUAUCUUUGGGAUAAUAUUCGACUCGUCUUGUUUAAAGUGGGAGGGAACCUGUGGUCACCAUGGUAACUGCUGGCUCUAUGACAACUCUCACUUGAGUUUAGCCACCAUUUCCUUUGCUGUCCCUGUGAUGGUGGUCGUGUCCUUAUUCUUUCUUUUGUCUUUCUUGACGUUUCCUAAGACAACAAAAGAAGAGGAACAAGAGAGGAGUGGCUCUGUUAAAGAUGGUAGUAGUGAUAGUUGUGUUAAGUUAAAUGGAGUUUAUGAAACGGAGAGCGAAGUUGAUGAUGACAAGGAGCAACUGAUUAGACCAGAAAACUAACACAAGAUAUAUACAGAGAUUACAGAGAUUACAGUGUAUAAAAAUAAUUAUUUUAAUGCUUCGCCAAUAUCCCAGUAUGUUGUGUUAUUCAUGUAGAUUAGUCUCGUUAA